AUGUCGUGGUUUAGUGGUCUCUUGGUCCCCAAAGUGGAUGAAAGGAAAACAGCCUGGGGUGAACGCAACGGGCAAAAGCGUCUGCGCCGAGGGACCCGGUCGAGUGGCUUCUGCACACCUCGAUACAUGAGCUGCCUCCGCGAUGCAGAGCCUCCUAGCCCCACCCCUGCAGCUCCCCCUCGAUGCCCCUGGCAGGAUGAGGGGUUCAUCCGAAGGGGUGGUUUAGGCAGAGGCGCAGAGCUGGGGCUGCGGGCUGUGGCCCUGGGCUUUGAUGACACAGAAGCAGCCACAGCGGUAGGGGCAGCUGAGCUGGUGCCUGAGGUGGCGCCCAGGGGCGCGCGAUCCUGCUGGCGUCGCGUGGCCCAGGUGUUCCAGUCGAAGCAGUUCCGCUCUGCCAAGCUGGAGCGUCUGUACCAGCGGUACUUUUUCCAGAUGAACCAGAGCAGCCUGACGCUGUUGAUGGCCGUGCUGGUGCUGCUCACAGCUGUGCUGCUGGCCUUCCAUGCGGCACCUGCCCGCCCGCAGCCUGCCUAUGUGGCCCUCCUGGCCUGUGCUGCCACCCUCUUCGUGGCACUCAUGGUGGUGUGCAAUCGACACAGCUUCCGUCAGGACUCCAUGUGGGUGGUGAGCUACGUGGUGCUGGGGAUUCUGGCAGCCGUGCAGGUCGGGGGGGCCCUUGCAGCCACUCCUCACAGCCCCUCUGCAGGCCUCUGGUGCCCUGUGUUCUUUGUCUACAUCACCUACACACUCCUACCCAUCCGCAUGCGGGCAGCUGUCUUCAGUGGCCUGGGCCUCUCCACCCUGCAUUUGAUAUUGGCCUGGCAACUCAACCGUGAAGAUGCCUUCCUUUGGAAGCAGCUCGGUGCCAACAUGCUGCUGUUCCUCUGCACUAACGUCAUUGGCAUCUGCACACACUACCCAGCUGAGGUGUCUCAGCGUCAAGCCUUUCAGGAGACCCGAGGCUACAUCCAGGCCCGGCUGCACCUGCAACAUGAGAAUCGGCAGCAGGAGCGGCUACUGUUGUCAGUGUUGCCCCAGCAUGUUGCCUUGGAGAUGAAAGAAGACAUCAACUCUAAAAAGGAAGACAUGAUGUUCCACAAGAUCUACAUCCAGAAGCAUGACAAUGUCAGCAUCCUGUUUGCGGACAUUGAAGGCUUCACCAGCCUGGCCUCCCAGUGCACUGCGCAGGAGCUGGUGAUGACCCUGAACGAGCUCUUUGCUCGCUUCGACAAGCUGGCUGCGGAAAAUCAUUGUCUGAGGAUCAAGAUCUUAGGGGACUGUUACUACUGCGUGUCGGGGCUGCCAGAGGCUCGGGCGGACCAUGCCCACUGCUGUGUGGAGAUGGGAGUGGACAUGAUCGAGGCCAUCUCGCUGGUGCGUGAAGUGACAGGAGUGAAUGUGAACAUGCGCGUGGGCAUCCACAGUGGGCGUGUGCACUGCGGUGUCCUUGGCCUGCGGAAGUGGCAGUUUGAUGUGUGGUCCAAUGAUGUGACCUUGGCCAACCACAUGGAGGCAGGAGGCCGGGCUGGCCGCAUCCACAUCACUCGGGCCACACUACAGUACCUGAACGGGGACUAUGAGGUGGAACUGGGCCGCGGUGGGGAGCGCAAUGCGUACCUCAAGGAGCAGCACAUUGAGACCUUCCUUAUCCUGGGUGCCAGCCAGAAACGGAAAGAAGAGAAGGCCAUGCUGGCCAAGCUGCAGCGGACACGGGCCAACUCCAUGGAGGGGCUGAUGCCGCGCUGGGUACCUGACCGUGCCUUUUCCCGCACCAAGGACUCUAAGGCUUUCCGCCAGAUGGGCAUUGAUGAUUCCAGCAAAGACAGCAGAGGGGCCCAAGAUGCCCUGAACCCUGAGGACGAGGUGGAUGAGUUCCUGGGCCGCGCCAUUGAUGCACGCAGCAUUGACCAGCUUCGCAAGGACCAUGUGCGCCGGUUCCUGCUCACCUUCCAGAGAGAAGACCUCGAGAAGAAGUACUCGAGGAAGGUAGAUCCCCGCUUCGGAGCCUACGUCGCCUGUGCCCUGUUGGUCUUCUGCUUCAUCUGCUUCAUCCAGCUCCUCGUCUUCCCACACUCAGCCCUGAUGCUUGGGAUCUAUGCCAGUACUUUCCUGCUGCUGCUGAUCAUCGUACUCAUCUGUGCUGUGUACUCCUGUGGUUCGCUGUUUCCGAAGGCCCUUCAGCGUCUGUCCCGCAGCAUUGUCCGCUCUCGAGCACACAGCACUGCAGUCGGUGUCUUCUCGGUCCUGCUAGUCUUCACCUCUGCCAUCGCCAACAUGUUCACCUGUAACCACACCCUCAUCCGGACGUGUGCAGCUCAGAUGCUGAAUGUAACACCUGCUGACAUCACCGCCUGCCACCUGCAGCAGCUCAAUUACUCUCUGGGCCUGGAUGCUCCCCUGUGUGAGGGCACCGCACCCACCUGCAGCUUCCCCGAGUACUUCAUCGCGAACAUGUUGCUGAGUCUCUUGGCCAGCUCUGUCUUCCUGCACAUCAGCAGCAUUGGAAAGCUGGCCAUGAUCCUUGUCCUGGGGCUCAUCUACUUGGUGCUGCUUCUACUGGGUCCUCCAGCCACCAUCUUUGACAACUAUGACCUGCUACUUGGUGUCCAUGGCUUGGCUUCUUCCAACGAGACCUUCGACGGGCUGGACUGCCCAGCUCCAGGGAGGGUGGCACUCAAGUAUAUGACCCCUGUGAUUCUGCUGGUGUUUGCCCUGGCACUGUAUCUGCAUGCCCAGCAGGUGGAGUCGACCGCUCGCUUGGAUUUCCUCUGGAAACUGCAGGCCACGGGGGAGAAGGAGGAGAUGGAAGAGCUCCAGGCCUAUAACCGGAGACUGCUGCACAACAUCCUGCCCAAGGACGUGGCUGCACACUUUCUGGCCCGCGAGCGCCGCAACGAUGAGCUCUACUAUCAGUCAUGUGAGUGUGUGGCUGUCAUGUUUGCCUCCAUUGCCAACUUCUCCGAGUUCUAUGUGGAGCUGGAGGCAAACAACGAGGGUGUCGAGUGCCUGAGGCUGCUCAACGAGAUCAUCGCAGACUUUGAUGAGAUCAUCAGCGAGGAGCGGUUCCGGCAGCUGGAGAAGAUCAAGACAAUUGGCAGCACAUACAUGGCCGCGUCUGGGCUGAACGCCAGCACCUAUGACCAGGUGGGCCGCUCCCACAUCACUGCCCUGGCCGAUUAUGCCAUGCGGCUCAUGGAGCAGAUGAAGCACAUCAACGAGCACUCCUUCAACAACUUCCAGAUGAAGAUCGGGCUGAACAUGGGUCCAGUCGUGGCAGGCGUCAUUGGGGCUCGUAAGCCGCAGUAUGACAUCUGGGGGAACACAGUGAAUGUCUCCAGCCGUAUGGACAGCACGGGGGUCCCUGACCGAAUCCAGGUGACCACGGAUCUGUACCAGGUUUUGGCUUCCAAGGGCUACCAGCUGGAGUGUCGAGGGGUGGUCAAGGUGAAGGGCAAGGGGGAGAUGACCACUUACUUCCUCAAUGGGGGUCCUAGCAGUUAG